AUGGACGACCUGUCUUCCGUGCAGUCGAUGCUGGCCGGAUCGGCCGCGGGCUGCGGCGACCUGAAGCACCACCAUCUGACCUCCGGGAACGCCGGAAACGGUGGGGGCGGGCCCAUCAACAUACGGGCGUGCAUGUCGAAGAAGGGUAAGACGGUGGCGAGUUUUUCGUAUAGCUUUGCUCGAGAAGAAGUUUUUUCUUUGCGCACCUACGGCUACUAAUUUCGGCGAAAACACUGCUGCGAAUAUAUCAACUGUAAUACUGACUUCAUUUCGACUUCUACGACUUCAUUAUAUCGUUCAAUGGUAAUAUCGUUAUCAAGUCAUGCAUGCACCACCUCCCUGAUCGACGAUCAACAUCUACUGAACAGCCUGGGUUCCGUCUGCCUACGCCACGGCGGCGCGUGCCUACAAGGGCAUCCUGGACAACAAACAGUCGCAGGUGAUUCUGAUCAGUGGCGAGUCGGGAAGCGGCAAGACCGAGACGACCAAGUACGUGAUGCGGUUCUUGGUGCAGGCCGGC